CAUAUCGGGGCAAAGUUUAACAGUACAGACGAUAACACUUAAAUAUACCUUUCGACUUCGGUAAACACACGUUUGAUUCGGUUGAGCUUAAACAUGGAUUUAUUCCUUUGAAAGGACCUAUUUUGGAUUUAUGAAGGCACUUAUGGAUAUAUUACCUGAGGACCCAACUUUCCGGACUGUUUUUGAUCACGACCUUGGGAUUGAAGAAAAUGGGCCGAUCACCCUAGACAAUUUUGAUUUGGAGAAAUUCAUCAAUGAUGACGUUUGCAUGCCAGAGGACCCAAUUUCGGCCAUUGCCUAUAACAGCCACCCACAUCACUACGGUAAUGGUUUUCGUAUCAACAACAUCCACUUGCGAGGGCCAACAACGGGACCCUGCUCCACGGGUCCCACAAACAUCCCAGGGGGUAAUGGAGGUCAUGGAAACCAGACAGAAAUGUACAUGCCCAGACAAACGUUAAUUAGCACCAGAAUGCCCUACAUAGACAGUGGACAGAUUACCAAUCUGACCCUGCCUGACAGUCCACCUGACUCGGAGCCAUACUCACCUCCAGACGGGCACAGAAAUGGCCUUAGCAACCAUAAUGGUCAUAGUGGUCAAGGCAACCAUAGCAACGGUCACAAUGGCCAGGGUAACCACAGCAACCAGCAGUGCAAUGGGCAUCAAAAUGGGCACAGCAUGCACAGCAACCAAAGCCCGAUGAACAACAACCAGCCAAAUACUCAACAAGAUAACUCCAAGUACACAACAACAUCUUCCACGAUGCAUUCCCACAUGUACGGUGGCAACCCACACCAUCAGCCUGCUGUUCAUGGGCUUCCACCCAAGGGCCUGGUUGCCAUGGCAGGGUAUCACCAAGAGGGCCCGCUACCCCAUGGGCUGCCCCACCAGCAUUCCUCCAUUACCCCCUUGACCCUUAACCUGACCCCGCACACAGGACCCAACAUGAACACUCAGCAAAUACUCACCCCUGGGAAUCUCAGCCCACAAAGCAAAAAAAGAAAGCAUGUGGACUCACCCAACAGUGCAGGGAUGUCAGGUCCAGUAUUUAACUCUAGAAAUGGACUGCUCCAAAACAUCAAACAAGAACCUAACACCUACGCAAAUCCUGGGUACCUGCAGGAUCAAGGCGAUGAUGAGUACAGUAACUAUGGUGACCCUAACGACUCAAGCAAUGGGUACGACAACGGGGUCUAUCAAGUCAUCAAGUGGAACCAAUUCCAGAAGCAAACCUGGGUCACCCUCACAGAUGUGAACUUGAAAGACUUACCAGGGCCACAGUAUCGUGUCGACGCUGACAAAGGUUUCAACAUUUCAACGUCUGACGAGUCGUUUGUAUGUCAGAAGAAGAACCAUUUCCAGAUCACUUGCCACGUUUGUGUGUCUGGUGAACCUAAAUACGUACGCACACCAGAAGGCGUGAAAAAGAUCGACCACUUUUGUCUACACUUUUAUGGUGUUAAGCUCGAGUCCCCUAGUCAAACCAUCAAGAUCGAGCAGUCCCAGUCUGACAGGAGCAAGAAGCCUUUCAAACCAGUCAGGUACGUGCUGGACCUUAUCCCCGAACAAGUGUCCAAGUUGACGGUGGGGCGGCUACACUUCAGUGAGACGACCUCAAACAACAUGCGCAAGAAAGGUCGCCCAAACCCGGACCAGCGCUACUUCAUGCUGGUAGUCGCGCUACAUGCCCACUCGGGGGAAAACAGCUACAUGGUCACAGCCAGCGCGUCAGAGAAGAUUAUCGUGAGGGCGUCCAACCCGGGCCAGUUUGACAGCGACAUUGAGACCCAGCACUGGAGCAAGGGCUCUCUACCCGAGUCAGUGUACCACAUAGGGAGGGUGGGAGUCAACACAGACCACCCAGAGGAGGCCCUCACAGUGCACGGGAACAUCAAGCUGUCUGGGCAGAUCCUCCACACCUCUGACAUACGGGCUAAACAGGACCUUGAAGAGGUCGACUCAAAAGAACAACUCAAGAAGGUGUCAGGUAUCAAGCUGUAUAACUACAAGUAUAGCAAGGAUUACGCAGACCAUGUCGGCAUCCCAGAACACCGCCGGCGGGACACUGGCGUCAUCGCCCAGGAGAUACAGGAAGUCCUCCCAGACGCCGUGAUUGACACGGGGGACGUGAGGUUUGAAAAUGGAGCUGAAAUAAAGAACCUGCUGGUUGUAAAUAAGGACCGUAUUUUCAUGGAGAAUGUUGGUGCCGUGAAAGAGCUGUGCAAGUUGACUGACAACCUUGAGGUGCGAAUAGAUGAGCUUGAAAAAAUGAACAGCAAACUCUCAAAGCUAAAACGCUUCGACAGCCUCAAGUCCACUGUGAGCUCCAAGUCUAGCUGCAGUACUGCAACCGUUAGCAGCACAGCGCCCCCAAGGAAAUCUUAUACGUCAUCCUCACCGGAACACAGGACUCAACCUAAGUCACAUCACAAGUCCCACCACCACUGCAGCAAGGCUGCCCCACCCCCGCCAGUCCCCGCCCCCCAUCCCCAGGGCUGGUGCAGCAACAGGUUCAUCCAGAUCACCAUUAUCAUUCUCAUCUGUGUCAUGGCAUUCUGUCUCAUUGCAAUUACCAUAUUGUACAUCCUGGAGCGACAGAAGGACAACCAGGGCCCCGCGGGCACAACCAUCAACAACCAUUUCCAUGGCAACAGUGGUGGGUCUACAAAUAUGACAGAUAUUCCACCAAAGACAUCUAGACCUACAAUUAUUCCAGAGGAUCCCACAACAGUGUCGGUUGAGAGAGGAGACCCGCCUACGGUACUGGCCCCCUGUGAAACCUCGGCCACGCAGCAGUGCACCAAGCAGUGUCCCUGUACGUCACAUGAUCAGGGGGUGGACGUGACCGGCUAUAUAGCCUUCCUGCAUGACAUCCAGCGCAGGAAAUACCCACCUGAUGUACCAUACGCCAUCGAAACAACAAGCAAGGAGCCUAUGCCUCUUGAGAACAGAACAAGCAAGGACCCCAUACCUGAGGUUAUUAUUAACCCAUUGAGUCAGUACCCAGAAGUGAAGGUGCCCUAUGAGAUACACACCGCAGAGGGAAAUAAUGAGCCUGCAGGAGGCCCUUACAGGGUCUACAGAAAGAGACGGGACACCCCACAGGGAUUCCAGCUAGCUGGAUUCCAGUUAAACUUCUUGGCUGAGAUUACAAUUCCAGAGUUGAAUUUCACGCUGAACAAUUCGUAUCUGGAUCCUAUGUUUUCCAUGGACAACAACAUGACGUACAAUAUUCCUUACAGCCAGUAUUUUGACAGUCAAACGCAGUACACCCUAAGCUUUACUGUGGCUUCAGGACAGGAGGUCCACUUGUGUCGGAAUGGCCACGAGGAAGACUGUACUGGCAACAGCGACAGUGAGAUCCCAAUGGCUCCUAUAGCUCUCCAGUGGAAGUUACCAAUAGGCAGAUUUAAGACCAGCUUUUUACGGUUCAAGGUCACAACAGAGGGUAUGCAGAACAACAGGAUAUGCAAUGCCCCAAUUGGAGAGGACGCCACUGAAUAUAACCUGCUCUUUACUCGCAUUUGCCUCAACUAGUUUCCACUGCAACCAAAUGCAUUAAGAUUUAACUGUUACACCAUUGUGGCUUUAAUGAAAGUGUGACUUACAUGGACAUGCCAGUAAUAUUUAAGGAUGAAGAAUAUUAGGUUUGGAUUUAUUGUAUAUGUGAAGGUGCAAAGGUGGUUUAAGUUAAAAUAUUAGACAAUGACUCAUUUUAGAGCUCUUUAAACUGUGGACUAUUAUUUUUUUACUGUGAACUAUUAUUCUUUGAAAUGAUAAACGUUUUCUUUUAACUGUGAACUUUUAUAAAGCCUCUGAUUUCCUCAUACGAGAUCAGUCGGAGUUAACAAGGAGCUGACUAUUUGUUUGUGUGGAUACGUUUUAAUAUAAUGUUUUCACAAUAUUUUGUUAUUAUUUUGUGUUGUGCUUCUAUUGUUUGUAGUUUGAAUGCAAAGUAAUUGCUGUCUAUAUGUUUUAACUGAUUUCAAUAUUUUCAAAUUUGAUAUAAAGACUAAUCACUAUUUUCAAAUUUGACCUUGAGACUGUCAUCAAUAUUUUCAAAUUUGACAUUAGACUGGUAUCAACAUUUUCAUAUUUGACCUUUAGACUGGUUAUAAUAUUUUCAUAUUGACCUGAGUCAGGUGAUUUAGAAGUUAUAUUUUAAUUUUGUUAAUUAUAUAUGUAUACUAUAUCAAUUUAUAUUGCGAUGCUAUUUUCAAUUAUUGAUAAACUGUUUUUAUAUGGUUUAAAAAUAAGUGUGAUGUAAAUUAUAUUUUAUUUUGUGAAUGUUAAUAUAAGAGUGUUGUAAAUUGUAUUUUAUUUCCUUUGCUUCUGAAAGUGCUAUUUUGAAAUGUUGCACACAAGUAUUGCUUAAAUUAAGUUAAAACUUACUUUUGUGAUGAUUGUAAGUUACCAGUUGUGUUUGUAAACUUAUUAUUUUGUGUUUUUGUUAUUUCUUUAAAUCUAUUGCUUCAGUGACCGAAUGGGCAAAAUUAAAUGAUAUUUACUUCAUGUUGUUAAUGAUCUCAUCUUGAUUUUAUUCAUUUUCGAUGUGUUACCAUCAACAAAUGUUUGACCAUACAUUUCAUUUUCUUAAAUUUCUUAUUACCUUUGACUAAAUGCGAUAAUCAUGUUACAUGUAUUGUAAAAGUUGCAUACUCAUAAGUGCUUUAUGACACAAAUUGAUAAUUUUUGAAAGACAACAUGUCUAAAUAGUGAAGGUUCCUUUGCAUAUUCCCCUAUUUGACAUCACAUGUUGAACUUAUAAAACCUUUUUUGGCUAUACAUGUUUUGUAUAAAAAAAUAAAUAAAAAUACAAACACA